AUGAGUGCUAUAAGAAACUUCUUCUGUCGUCCGUGGUCCUCUGAUGCCAGGCUUGAAGGAAAGACUGUGAUAAUAACUGGUGCCAACACUGGCAUUGGUAAAGAGACUGCCCUGGAUUUAGCCAGGAGAGGGGCAAGAAUUAUUAUGGCCUGCAGAGACAUGGAAAAAGCUGAAGGUGCACAAAAAGAGAUCAUUGCAGAGUCUGGAAAUGAAAACAUCAUUGUAAAGAAACUGGACCUGUCUGACACCAAGACGAUCAGGGAAUUUGCAGAACAAAUUAACAAAGACGAGAGUCAGGUUAACAUUCUCAUUAAUAAUGCUGGGAUCAUGAUGUGUCCAUACUCCAAGACAAAGGACGGCUUUGAGAUGCAGUUUGGCGUCAACCACUUGGGACACUUUUUGCUCGUCCACUUGCUGAUUGAUCUGAUAAAGAAAUCUCCUCCAGCCAGAAUCGUUAACGUCGCCUCGGUUGCACACAGGUGGGGAACAAUGAACUUUGAAGACAUUAACAGUGAAAAAAGCUACGAUUCAAUGAAAGCCUAUGGACAGAGCAAACUGGCAAACAUUCUCUUUACACGUGAGCUGGCACAAAGGCUGGAAGGAACGGGUGUGACGACAUAUGCCUUGCACCCUGGGAUUGUAAAUACGGAGCUAGGAAGGCACCUAAACUGUGCUAAGAAGAUGGCAAUGCAAGUGGUCAGACCUUUCACCAAGUCAUCAAUAAAAGGCGCUCAGACCUCAAUCUACUGUGCAGUAGAACCAGGGCUGGAAAGGGAAACUGGAGGAUAUUACAGUGACUGUGCCCCUGCAUCUAGCUCAAGAAAUGCUACAGAUGUUGAGGUAGCUAAGAAACUCUGGGCCGUCAGCUGUCAUAUGCUAGGAAUAACAUGGGACUGAGAACUCCAGAACUUUACUUACAUAGUGUCACUGUGAAAUAAUCAUUUAUUGUCUCUCUGAAUCUAAGUGAUGUUCUCUUCUUUGGUUGCUGUUGGUUAUUCAGCACAAGUCUUACAAACCAUAUUUUUCAGUGAAAAUAAUCGAAAUUGAAAUACUUAACUAUAAGAAUAGAAAAAACAUACCUUCUAGUUUUAACAUCCACGUUCAGAGUUUGUAUACAGUUUUUACAAGAACAAAAACAUUAUAAAAGAUUCAGCUCUGAACAUUCAUUUAACUGCUUCUGCCUAAAUGCAAGUUGUUGUUUUCUUUGUUUUAUCAGGUGCUGUAAGUCUGAAAGUGCUAUGUAGGGUAGAAACAUGCAAUGAUUAUACUCUAUUCUGGAUUGUAUUACUAUUUAUAAGUGUACCGUUUUUAAGAUGCUUUUUCUAUGAACCUAUAUCUGACUUAUUCAGGUAAAGCUAUAUGUUGUAAUAGGCUGUUGUCAAUAUUGCCAAUUGCUAAAAACAAUGUAAUAUACAAUAAAUGAUGCUGGUUCUGUUUUAGUUAUUCUGACUGAAUGGUCAAAUAUUUUAACCCUGAAUUGUAAAACGUGCUUUUUUUGACAAUGUAACAAUUAAAAAGUUUGCUGUAGUAAAUAAAUGUAUAUCCUGGCACUUUGUAGCACUCUUGGAGUUAUUUACCAAACUGUAUUUCUGCUAUACUUUCAUGGGGCAACCAGGUCAUGCCAGUG